CGACGUCGUUGCAGUCCAGUAUAUAAACUACCGGAGUGAUCCGAACUCAGUAUUUUACAGACGUCGGAAGCUUUGGUUAUCAGAUUAUUCAGGUUACAUAUGGAUUCAACCUCUAAGAGCCAAGCAAGAGCUAAAGACAGGAUCAGUGAAUUGCCCGUGGCAGUUCUUUCUCACAUACUCUCUUUCCUUCCCACAAAAUACAGUUUGAGGACCAGCAUAUUAUCCACAAGGUGGAAACACAUAUGGGCCUCUGUUCCCAAUCUAGACAUCUGUGAUGAAGCAACAUCAGACAAGACUGGAUUCAUGGGAUUUGUUGAUCGGAUAAUGUUCUCUCCUCAGUCAUCUAGCAUUAGGAAAUUCCGUCUUAAUUGUUCCUCUGUUGAUGAUUUCUCUCAUAUUGGAAGUUGGGUCUGCAGUGCCAUCCAGCGUAAUGCUGUUGAAGUUGAUCUCUGUGUUGAACCAUCUGGAGAGCGCAUUUUUGAGUUGCCUCGGCCGCUUUUAGUCUCGAAAACACUAGAGGUUUUGAAGUUAGACUCGAAUUAUGAAAUUAAUCUUCCUCCUGGGAGUUUCCCUAGUCUCAGGUCCCUUCAUGUUACAGUGGAUUCUCCAGAUAGUGAUGCUAUGGGAACACUCAUUUCGUACUGCCCUGUGCUUGAAAAUCUGACUUUAGAUGGAACUCUUGGAAAUUGGGGUAAUACUGUCACUGUAUCAGCAGCUGAACUGAAGAGUUUAAGAAUAAGAUUAAGGAGCACUACAAAUGUUCUUCAUGAUGCGCACAACUUCUCGAUUAAUGCCCCAAAGCUUGAAUACCUUGAUAUCGAGGAGGAUAUUCUGUCAACUUAUAAGUUGAAGAAUGCAAGAUCCCUGGUGAAAGCCCAUGCUCAUGUCAUUGACUAUUCUACCAUUAGAGGUCGUGACUUUCUUAAUCGUGUAACUGCACUUAUGUCAACUGUUUCAAAUGUUAAAUACCUGUCUCUUUCAGCUAUGUACUUGGAGGAUCUUUGUCUUUCGACUUUUGGUAAUUUGAGCCACUUGAAGCUGGUUGCCAACUAUUGCAAUUACUGGGAUGUGCCUGACUUGCUUGAGAGAAUUCCUAAAUUGGAAUAUUUUGUCUUAGAAUAUGAGGUGAUAAAUAUAGGUGAGGAUUCAGCGUAUCAAAUGAUGGCAAUGGAGUCUGUGCCUAAUUGUUUGACGUCACACCUCAAAAGUAUCUCCAUAAAGGGAUUAAAGGGUGAGCCCAGUGAUCUGGAAAUGUUGAAAUAUUUGUUAAGGAAUGGUGAAGUCUUGGAGAAGAUGACUAUUUAUGCUGGUGGUCUUCUGUGUACAAAAGAGGAGUUAAACAGGGAAGUUCGGAUGUUCAAAAGGGGUUCAAAGACUUGUGAGGUCGAAUACAUCUGAGAUGCAGCUUAUGGUUAUAACUUAAUAAGCAAACUUUAUCAAUAUUCUGGAAGCAUAUGUGCUGUGCUUAGCUUAGAAUGAAACAGGCAGUUUUACAGUCUGUGCAGCCUUGUGUAUUCUUUAGCUCUGGGGAAUUUGAUAUACCUAUCUGGUUUGGUUCUUUGACUCGUGGAUUACGGUCUCUGCGCAUGAUUCAUAUAAUCAUGAACCAAAAGGUGGUUCUUCGUGGCUACUAGAACUGGGAAUUGCUAACAGAAUUACUCAUGAGAUCCCCUAAACUGAAAUAUCUUGUUUUAGUGCAUAUUGUAAGAUGCAUUUCCACUUAUGAUACAUCAUACAUCAUGCCAACAUAUAGCUGUGAACUGUUCUCAUUUCAUUCAAUGUUUCAAAAUAUUUUGA